AUGUCUACGACCUCAUCCAUGGCUGUCUCCGAAAUCAGUGAUCGUCUGACCGAUGUCAAUCUCACCUAUGAAGGAGACGCACAGCCGGGACGAGGCAGACUUGUGCUUCGGCUUAGAGGUGCCACUCCACCACCAUCAAGCACUUCACAACAAGCCGACGAUUCUCACGCUGAGACCCAACGAGGGUCAUCUGAUGUCGAAGGCUGUGAAAACAAGGAUUGCAAUUCUGUCCCAAGUGACAAAACCGAUGUGCCAUGUCGAAGUGGUUCCUCACCGCCCGAUGACCCUUCCAGAGUCUUUCCCAGGGAAGACCAGGGAAAAGGAAGAUAUAUCAUUUUUCCACAUGUACACACUGGUGCGCAUACUGAGAAAUUAGAUCUUGGUCGUUUGACUACAACCACAUUAUUUUCGCCGGUUACUAGCAUCUUAUCAACUCCGUCUAUACAGCAUCCCCCUAUUGACGAGGAACUGAUCGAAUUCCACAGAUAUUAUCUUAGAGAGACACAAGGCUCGGAAAUACUCGCGAAGAUGAUACAGGAAAGGACUGAUCAAAUUUGGACAGAGAGGCAUGGAACCUCCGGAGCGGAUCAGGUAAGCACUUUGAAGAUUAGAGAUUUCAUAUAUAAUUACAACGACGCUUUGGAAACGAGUAUCAUGCAAUCAAUCGCCAACUUCACCAAAGAUUUAUACGACAGAUUCACUUAUGAAGAAGCCGACAACGCUACCGAGACCAAGGGCAAGGGUAAGAGCAAGAGCAAGAACUUCACAUAUGAAUUGGUGGACUCAAUGGAAGAUUUCAAGGAACAUGUCCCUGAUGGACUGCUCGAGCAAUUGCAAGAUGCUAAGCCCCCAUUGGAUCAUACGAAAUAUAAGCAACAGCUGCAGGAAGAAUGGGGGGACAAGACUUGCGAUUCGGAGGAUUUAACGUAUCUGCGGUUCGUGUAG